CGGGCAACGCGGACCCCGGCUCCAAGCCGCGCUCUCGCUCGCAACAUUCGCGGGGGGCCACCGUGCUGCUGUGCUGGGGGGCACGGGACCUGGUUGACAUUGUUUGGAGCGGCGGCCGGGGAGGGGGGGGGACGCCUUGCCUUGCCUGUGGUGGUGGGAGGAGGAGGGAGGGCGAGCGCGAAGCGGGGGGCAGGAGACCCGAUACCCCCGGGGUUGUAAUAGGGGUCUGGGGGGUGUUGUCAGAGUUGAGUCUCCGGCGACGCGAAAGCGGAGAUCGCGGGGGGGGGGGCGGGGGGGCUCUCCUCUUCUCCUCUUCUCCGCGCCUCGCUCCGCCCCCCGCGCACGUGCGGCGCGGCCGGGCGAAGUCGGCGGCAGCGGCGGCAGUGGCAGCGGCGGCAUCAGCGGCAGCGGUGCCGCGGACAUCAUCAUCGUGACCAUCACCAUUGCUAACUCCAUCACUCUCAGCAUCACCUCCCCCAUCGCCGACAUUACAAAUAACAUCACCAUCGCGACAACUAUCACCACUGCCACCAUCAUCAUCAUUGUUGACACGCGCAACAACAUCACCACCACACUCAUCGCUCCCAUCACCUCCAUCAUCCCCAUCAUUGACGCACGCACCACCACCACCAUCAUCAUCGCCAUCGCCCGCGGCGCCGGCGGCUUGGCGAUGUCCCGGCGCAAGCAGCGCAACCCGCGCCAGAUCAAGCGCGGUCGACCCGGAGCCCUGGCGGGCUGCGUGGGGGAGGAGGAUGACGACGGCUCUCUGGCGGAAGUCCCUGACCUGGGGGGCACGGAGGGGGACACGGGGGGCACGGAGGGGGACACGGACACCGACGAUCGCGACCCCUGCUCCUCCGACCCCGACGACGAUCGAGCCCCGCCCAGCAGCGCCGCCGACUCACCAGUUGCGGUCGAUGCUGGGAGGCGGUCACCUUCGGAAGACGAGCGUGACCAGGAGUCACCACGUCCACAGCGGUGGGCACUACCGGAGGAGCUGAGCGCCAGCGAGGUUCCGCUGGAGCGGUGCCGCGUUCGCAGUCGGCGCCAGCUGCUGCCGGGGGUCACGUGGGGGCCCUACCCCGGGGUCAUGCGACACGGGGGGCACGGGGGGCAUGGGGGCGACGGCACGGAGCGGGCGGCGCUGGCGCCCCUGCCGCUGCCGGGCGACUGCUGGCUCCGCGCGCUCGAGGUCACGGACGCGGAGGAGCGGAGCAACUGCGUCGUCUUCGGGAAAGGAGGGCAGUUGUGGUGCUCGCUGACGCGAGCCGUAGCCGGCGGAGAGGAGCUCGUGAGCUACCGGUUCGGCGGGGCCCGUGGGGGUCCGACCGGCAACGGCGCGCGGGACGGGGGGCCCACGGUGAGGCCGCCCGUGGAGGCAGCGGCGGUGGCGGCACCGGCGUCGUACCCUGAGCUGCGCGCGCCACACACGGUGGUGCUGCUGCCCCAGCAGGCCUGCCUGGCAUCGCUGAUGCCCACCGCCAUCAUCAACAAAGACCUCUUCCCGUGCAAGUUCUGCGGGAUCUGGUACCGCAACGAGCGCAACCUGCAGGCGCACCUCACCUACUACUGCGCCGGGCGCAACAAGACGGGAGGAGGCAGAGCGGCCUCCGACGGGGGCAGUCCCCCCACGUCGCCCACGCACGGGGGAACCCACGCGGGCGCGCCCGCUCAAACGAGCACGCCCGUGCACACGCCCGUGCACACGCCCACGCACGCGCCCGCUCACACGCCCACGCACGCGCCCGCUCACACGCCCACGCACACGCCUGUGCACACGCCCGUGCACACGCCUGUGCACACGCCCGUGCACACGCCCGCUCACACGCCCGUGCACACGCCCGCUCACACGCCCGUGCACAUGCCCACGCACGCGCCCAGCCGCUCGCCCACGCACGCGUCUGUGCCUGCCACCACGCGCAAGGCGGAGCCACCGCCACGUCCCCGGCCGCCCCCGCCCGGGUCACCCCGGCCACCGCGAGCUGCCCCCCUGGGACGCCGCCCUCCGUGGGCCCCGGCCAACACAGGGACUCCGACCCCGGCGCAGGGGCGGCGGAAGCCGAGCGGAAGAUCGAGGGCCCCUCCCCUCGUCCCGCGUCGCCGAGCGCCGGCUUCCGGCCUCAACCGCGCCCUCCGGCCACGCCGCCGGCCGCGGCCGAUCCGGCCCGGCCUGACCCCCACGCGGGGGCCGGCGACCCCGGGGCCGGCCUCCCCCUCGCGACCCCCGGCCGCGUGGCGCCAGACCGUGGGACGGUGCACGGCGGCGGCGGCGGCGGCGGCGGCGGCGACGCCCGGCGGGGAACGCCGGACGUGGACCGGCGGGCGGCGGGCGCCAGCGGAGGGGGACGAGGCGACAGAGACGGCGCCGGCCACGACGACGGUGCCGGGUUCGCGGGAGACGAAGCGGCUCGCGGGUUUAAGCGAAGGCGCGGCGACGAGGAGGAGGAGGAGGAGGGGGAGGAGGAGGAGGGCGCGGGGGGAAAGUCGGCUCACGGACGACGGGAACCGGCGCGGCUGGGACGGUCAAGCGGGCGGCGGUGGAGCCGAUGCAGCGACCGGCGCCAUCCGCGUGGUGAAGAGGGAGGCGGGGGCGACGCCUAAAAGCAGCGACGCGGAGGACGAUUGUGCGCGAGCGCCGUCCCGCUCGUCCCCGUCAGCCGCCCCAACCGUGAAGCUGGAGCCGCUAAGUCCGCAGCCGGUGGCAUCGCCGGUGCAGCAGCAGCAGCAGCAGCAGGCGAAGGGGCCGAGCGGCGGCGUCGGCCUGGCCUCCGUCUUCCCGCCUCACUACUUCUUCGUGCCGCACCUACAGACCACGGACGCGCAGGCCUCGGAGAUGCUGGCGCGCAUUUCGGAGCUGGCGCACCACCGCCUGCAGCGGCAGGCGUCCGUCGCUUUCCCGGCGCAGACCCAUCCGGGCGCCAUCGCUGCCGCCGCUGCUGGCGGCCCCUUCUUCGCGGCCCGCGGGGCCGGCGGGGGCGUGACGUGCGUCGAGUGCAACAUCAGCUUCAGCAGCCUCGACAACUUCAUGGUGCACAAGCAGCUCUACUGCGCCUACAGGCAGCAGCGCCAGCAGCAGCAGCAGCCCGUGGGUAACGGCACGGCGAGGGACAAGCCAGGCCGGCAAGCCGGCAAGCCGGCGCACUGCUCCCCCGCCGACCAGAGCGGCUCCCCCAGCCCGACGGCGCUCGCCCGGCAGUCCGCGCCCGCCGGCGCGGACUGCGCGGCCGCGGACGGAGGCGGCGUCGCCCCCGCCCCGGCGAAGGCGAUCAAGGCGGAGCGGGCGGAGGAGCCGGGGCGGCCGUCGGGGGACGAGGGGAGGGGCCCCGAGGGGUCGCCCCCCUCCGGGGCGGACACGGCCGCCGAGGACCCCGCGCGGACGACGUGCGACGCCUGCAACAUCACGUUCAGCCGGCGCGAGAACUACGCCGUGCACAAGCGCUACUACUGCGCCACGCGGCACGACCCCCCGCCCAAGCGGCAGGCCCACGGCGGCCGGGCCGCCUCCGCCGCCGCGGCCGCGGCCGCCAACCAGCAGCAGCAGCAGCAGCGAACGCGCAAGAGGCGACGGGUGUGCGGCGUCGCGCACCCCGAGGCGGCGCCGGGCGGCAGGAGGCUCGCGGACGCGGCCAGCCCGCCCGGCGAGGACGCGGCUAAGCGGCGCCGAGAGGAGCGGACUUCGUCCUCCUGCUCGUCCUCCACCUCGCCGGCAGCCUCCACCGCCUCCUCGUCCUGCAGCCCCCUGCGGUCCACCGCCUCCUCCGCCGCCGCCGCCCCGGGGGUCGGUGCCCACAGGACGGCGGGGAGCGCCGGCGUCGCCCGCCGAUCCCCGUAUCCGUCGCCGCCUCCGCCGCAGGACGCCGACGCCCCCAUGGACCUGAGCAGGAAGACGGCGGCGCCGGCGGAGCGGCCGGCGACUCCGCGACGCUCGCCGGAGACGCCCGCCCGGCGCGACUACCACAAGUGCGCGUCGUGCCAGAUCACGUUCAGCCGCCUCGAGAACUACCUGGCGCACAAGCGCUACUACUGUUCCGCCACCACCACCCGGCAGCCGGCGGCCGCCGCCCUGCCCGGCGCACCGCCGCCGCUGGCGGCCGCGCUGCUGACCGGCAACGGCGCGUCCCCGUUGGGCCCCGGCGUGCCCGUCCUACCGUUCGCUCUGAACUCGGUCGUCGCCGCGCCGGCCGGCAGAACCGCACCGCGGGGAACGCCGGUAGCGGCGCCGGGAGGAGGAGGAGGAGGAGGAGGGGCGCACGGUUGCCUGCUGUGCCCGGAGGUCCCGACGGACCUGGCUCGCUUCCCGGGCCUCGCGCCGCUCGCCGAGACGAAGCCGGCGCUGUGCCCUUACUGCUCCUACGCCUGCAGCUCGGGCGACGGCAUGGAGGAGCACCGGCGCCGGCACCACGGGGCCUCCACGCCGGGGCCACCGCCCGAGGCCCGCGGCUCGCGGUCGCCCACGCCGCAGGGAAACGACGCGGACGGGGGCCGCGGGAGACGACGCGGACGGCGCGGCGGAGGGGCCCGCGACCGCCGGUGCCGCCGCCCUCGCCCGGACCGCCCGCGCCCAGCCCACGCCUCGCCCCGGCCGGGCGGGGCGGCUCGCCGGCGCCGGCGCUCAGCCCCUUCCACACGCCGGGCAAGGCGGCGGCCGAGCCGCCGGCGCUGGCCAACGGCGGCGGCGGGCAAGUACUGCCGCCUGUGCGACAUCCAGUUCAGUAGCCUGUCCAAUUUCAUCGCUCACAAGAAGUUCUACUGCGCCUCUCACGCCGCCGAGCACCACGCCGUUAAGUGA